CCAGUCAGUCCAGUUCCACGCGCGACCAUCACGACCAGCUCGAGCAUCUACAAGCUUCAUCGCUCGGCUCGUUCUACUCCCCCUCUCCUCACACAUAUCCGGUUCCGCGCACGGUCGCAGACCACCGACACCCCUCAUCACCAUGAGUUUCCAACCCGUCAACCCUCGGCCAUUCUUGCAGGCCCGAGUCGGCACCGAACUCGUCAUCCGCCUGAAGUGGGGUCAGACCGAGUACAAGGGCACACUGGAGAGCAUCGACUCCUACAUGAACGUCCUGCUGCGCGAUACGGAGGAAUACAUUGACGGCAAGCACACUGGUACCCUUGGUCUGGUGCUGAUUCGGUGUAACAACAUCCUCUGGAUGGGCUCGGCAGACGGCGUCGAGAUGACGGAUCUUGGGUUAAAAUAAACGUUGAUAUGAAGAUUGGGAGACUGGUUGGUGACCGCAUGUGUGCGAUGAGCCGUCAGAGUCAGGGUCUCCAGCCUCGUCGUUGCGGGAUCGAAUAUGAUUCCAUGGUUGAUAGAAACCGACUGUUUCUCGGCGCGGAUUUGACAACGACCUGAGGGCCCCCAGCAACGACUGAGGAUUGUUUGCACAGAUGAGGAGUCCCGCUUGACAGAGGGAGUGUGAUGUGGAGUGGAGGCGACAAUGAUUUACCUGACUGGGCUUUCUAUUGAAGUCCCAUGCCUGAACCAGGACCUUGUCGCUGUUGUUUUUUUUUUUUGUUUGCUUUUACUUUUCGAUUCACGAGGCGUUUUUGAUGGUUUCUCCGAAAUAUUGCAUGGUAACUGGCCAAAAUCGAAUCAAUGUCUUUUGACACGCACAUCUUAUUCUGUGUAUUGGACGAGUAUAUCGUCGGUGGUG